GUUAUUGACCUCUCUCUCGACUUGACUCGUGAAUUUCGAAAUCACGUCACUUCACUUUUACCACCCUUUCCUCCCUUUCGAAGUUUCUAGCAGGAGUGCAGGGCAGGACCUUGCGUAGCACGCAACGAUCGUAACGCAGUCUCCGUCGGCAAGUCGAAAGCCGCAAAAUCUGCUUUCGCACGCAAACCCUAGAAGAGAGGCUACGUAAGACCACUGGAAAUACUGACAUCAUGGACUUCAUCAAGAAAUUUUUUGGAAUCCCACCGCCUCAAAAAUACAAUGAUGGCUAUUAUUAUUGGGGCACAAAUCCGCCAACAAUCCAAGAUCUUGACGAAUUCAAAAAUUUCCCACAUCCAAAUCAGCCCUGGCAGAGAGAAAUGGAGCAAAAUUUAGGAGACAUCCUUGGUCAGUACCCUGGCUUUUUCUCUGAAGUGAUGCCUAGAUUUUUUGAAGAUUUCCAGUCCCAGCCUCCACUGCCUCCAGUUAUUGAUAAAUCGGACAAAGUUUUGGAUGGAAGUUCUCUUACUGGUGAUCAUCUGAUGGCCAUAAUGGAGGAAGAUCGUCAGAAACGCAACUAUCAGCAUCAGGCUCCUCACCAAGAUUUGCCUUUGCAAUUUCCGCAGCUUCCACCUGGUUUCAAAAGCUUCAGCAGAUCCAUUUCAAUUCAAACAACACAGAGACCUGAUGGAGUCUGGGAGACUAGAAAAGUUGUUCGUGAUGGCGAAGGAAGUGAGCAAGUUACAGUGACGGAGCAACCAGACCCUCCCAGUGGUGGAAGUACUUUUUUCUCUAUGAUUCCCCAAUUUGGCGCCGAGUGCCCUAAUCCUCCCAAGCAGGACCAAAAUAGAAUGAGCUUGUUCGAGAAGGUUUUCCGCAGUUUUUAAUUGUACCGAUCCAUGAAUUUUGUUCAACAUGAAAUAUAAUUAAAAAUUAUUGCUGCACGGCAUUAUUGUUUGCUGGCUAUUGACAAAAGUGAUAUUAGAAGUAAAAUUAAAUAAUAAAAAAUUGAAUGUAAAAUUUAAUCAAUAAAUACUUAUAUGAA